UAAUAUAUUUGUGUCACUUGUGUGUCUUAUGAAAGCCAUCAUCAUUGACUUGACGCUCCUCUCCCCGCGGCCGAUUUAGUGUAGUUCACUCAGCUCUCCUUGUGAUGGCACUGUGGAUGCGCAUGCUACAGAUUCAAAAGCAUGACCUCAUUACUUCGGUCUAUCAGUUGUUAAAAUAGCAGAUGCAUCCAUUGUUGCUGGUAGAAAGCCUUUGAUUUCUCCACAUCUCCUACUUGUAGUAUUUCUACUACUCAUAUCACUGACACAAAUGUGAUGAGACAAUGUAAUAUCCCUUUUGCUGCGCGCGUCAUGUUGCCCAGCAACAGAAUUACGCACAAGAGAAUGUGUUUAGUAACAACAUGUAAUUGCAGUGGCAAUCUUCCUUCAAAGUAUAACUUUCCAAAAUAUGUCUAUUGAAAUUUCCUGGAUAAGGGGUGAAACGUAAGGCCCUAAGUGAUCAAAAGGGAAUGUGUCAAAUAAGGUCUUGGUUAAACGGCUGCCCUAAGCUCUUAAGCCAGCUAUCCAUGCUGAAAAUAAACCUCGAGUCAAUAGUUUGAUGGGUCAACCCCAUUUCCUGCAACAGGAAACCAACAUUUUUCGAGACACGAAAAUGAGCCCUUCAUUGUAGGUGUGACAGGCCUGACAUUGCAUACAAUAAUUGCUUCAUUUUCAUCGUUCAGUCCUGUUUGGAAUCGAGAAUUACGCAGACGGCGAUGACAGAUUUAAAAGCAUCCAGUCAUCCUAGGUAAUUUGGUCAUUUGAGCUGCAAGAACGACUUUGGUCUGGCAUAUUGACCGACAGGGUACUAUGUACUAUCAACCAGUGGGAUUAGUUGCCCCUGGCGGGUGAAGCCCCCAGAUUGUUGGAGUGCACGACCUGGCAAGCUGUAGACGUGAGUGAGCGACAAGCCGGGGUGUCCGGCUUUAUUUGACUCCCAUCAUUCGUAUAGUGGUGGCAUUCGAAUGACAAAAUAGGCGGACUGCAGUUUGGACGCGGACAUGAGUACGAGUUCCACUUGGAGAAAGUUGGCCUAGCUGCGUCACUAACUCAAAGUAGCCUAUGUAGUUUUGACGUCAGUUUGUUGUGAUGCGACUCUUACAUCACAGGCUUUACCCUCAGGCUACAUGGCGAUUAAGUGAAAUGGAGAAGUAGGGUAGCCUACUGGUGGCCUUUUAGUCAAGGAGUAUGGAAACAAAACAGCAGGCCUACACACUUACUUUGCAUUUAGAUAUUUCUGAAAGUAAAUGUGCUUUUUUUAAAAACACACACAUUUUGCUGAAUUGUGAUGCACUCGAAUAACUUAGCUUCAUCGGUCCCUCAAGCGUCAAACAUGGAGUCCACUGUGUUAAACUGGCAACCCCCUUUGCAUCUCUGCGUCAAGAAAUUACUUGUUACAGCAGAGCAUCAAACAUGAGAGAUAAUGUUGUCUGAUCUUUUGGUUGAUCAUGUUUAGUGAGAAGGGAAGCCUAGCCUACAGUAAGCUGACCAUAGCUAUGUGAUAUACCUGCAGCCAAGAGGAACUUAAUUAAGAACAUGUUAUUUGUGUCGUAUCCAAUUAACCAAUCAGUUGAAAGUCAGUGAAAGCCGGGGCAGGGAGAUUAAGGUUACGUAUGAAGUUAUGGUGGAGUUUCCAACGGGAAACAACAGGUUGUUUUGCUGAGCCAUGAAGUUAACGACUUGGUUGUUUGUGGACUGUAAUUAAAUAUUAUUUGAGGACUUGGAGAGAGCCAUAUAACUGCCUAGACUUCGCGUAAGCAUGAGAACAAGUGUGUUUGUGGAUGUAAAGGGAUUAAGAAGUCUCGUUUCCGACCACUCAUUGUCGAGGGCAGCUGCGCGGUGUGACAACACGGUAGAAUUCCUCUUCACUUGAGGUGAAGUUGUGAUGUCCGUGCGUCAGUUUGGAAGUGGCGCGGCACCGACCAAAGAAGAUGAUCGCAUGUGCGCACAUAUACGCGUUUCGAUAUGAACUAGAUAUCAAUAUUGGAAGAGUUUGAACGGUUGGAGUUUUUAUCGGAUUGUUUUGGUGUGCGUCGUUUGGAGCACUGGGGAACGCAUUGUCACGUCGUGGGCUAUGUUUAAUCUUACAGCGCCUUUCCAUUCCAUGUUCUUCUGCACCUUGAGGACACCCCUUGGUUAAAUGGUGCUGAUCACUGAGGAUGGUCCUGGAGAGUGUCAACCUGUGCUUAAAGCUGAUCAAAAUGGAGGUGUCGGUUCCGUUGGAGGCGCGCUACAGGCGACGGUACUUUGCAAAAUUGAAGAGCCAGAGGCAGAGGCAGGGGCUGAGGAGACGGGACAUCCAGAAAAGCAGGAUGAUGAUGAUGAUAACUACUACGACGACGAUGACGACGUGUAUCAGGAGUUUGAAGAGCUCGAUUUUUCGCAGUUCGAGGAUGACACCAAAAGUGUCGCGUCGGAUGAUUCCUUUUAUCCCCGCGACAGCUCUCUGUUCGCAAGAUCUCCAUCACCCGAAAGUCCUGAACCACUCACCUUUUUCAGGGCAUGCUGUAACAACAGCUCAAUCGUUGUCAAAAUAAUGAUACGGCAAGGUGUAACCGAAGACGAAGUCCGAGAAGUGGAUAGAAACAACAGGACCGGACUCAUUCUCGCCUGUUACAAUGGCUAUGUGGACGUGGUCUUUGCUCUAGCCCAGUGUCCGUUUAUUGAUAUCAACUGGCAGGACAAUGAGGGGAACACAGCCCUCAUCAUGGCUGCACAGGCCGGCCAUCAGAUGAUCUCCCAGUAUCUCCUCAACUACUUCCCAGGCCUGGAUAUUGAGCGCAGGAACUGCCAUGGCUUCACGGCCAUGAUGAAGGCCGCUAUGCAGGGGAGGGCUGAGGUUGUACGAGCACUCAUGAUGUCAGGUGCCGAUGUCGAGGCCCGCGACUUCAGCCGGAAGCUGACCUCUCGGGAGUGGGCCCUGUUCACGGGACGGUACGAGACGGCGCGUCUGAUGGACCGCCUGAUGGAGCAGCCGUGCGCGGAGCAGUUCUGUGAGUCCUACCGGCUGGAGUGGCCGCAGCUGGAGGAGCUGGUGGCCCAGGCCCAGGAGUCCAAGUCCUGCUGGCAGCGCGUCUCUGAGCUCACGCGCUGCUGCACCUUCAACAUCACCAACAAGGUGAAUGCGCAGGACGACGGCGCGCUGGACUACAUGGUGCGCUUCACCACCGCCAUCAACGGGCCCAUCCUGGCCGUGGGCUGCCGCACCGUGUGCCCCGGCAGCCCGCCCUGCCUGGGCAAGCGCCGGCCCGCUGUGCAGGACAUCCUGCGUCAGCAGCGCGCCCACGAGCUGCGCAGCCUGGCCUCGGCGCCCGAGCGCCUCGCCACCUACAAGCGCCUCUUCCAGAACUCCAAGGUGCUGCUGGUGCCCAAGAAGCGGGAGCGUCGCGCCAGCCUGCAGCCGCAGAUGCUGACGGACAUGGCGGUGGCGUCCCAGAUGGCGCUGCGGCGCACCAGCCUGCUGCCGCUGCACAUGAUGCGGCGCAGCAGCGUGCGGCCCGGCAUCGUGGUGCCCAAGGUGGUGCUGUGCAAGGCCCCGGCGUCCAGCUACGUGCCCGAGAAGAGGAGGAAGAGCCGCGACCACUCUCACCUGCAGAUCCCCAAGUGGAAGUACAAGGAGGUGAUCAACGAACGGAGGCGGGCAGAGCAGAACAAGAUCAGGUUUCCAUCCGUGAGGAGGUAGUUUUGGUAACAGGUCUCGACACAUUUGUUAGUUGUGUGAAGCGACGCUAUACGGCACGACGCUCCACCUGGUUGGUCUUUCCGUCGAUCAGAAACUGGAUUGCUUUUUGGAGGGUUUGCAGCUGGCCAACUUUUUCUUCAUAGUUUUUUUUCUCGCUAAAUCUGAGAACUAGGAAAAAUGGACAAUUCUCUAUGUGACGUGACAAAAAGAACUUGGGCGAAGGUGGAUUGGAUGAGUGUCUUUUUUGGUCUCUUUUGAAUGGAGUAAGCCAAGCUUGAAGAAUGUUUAAAUGACACGUGCACUAUUUCGAACUUUCAGCCCAUUUUCCGAGUCUCCCUCUCCAUUUCUUGGAUGUUUGCUGCGGUCUCAGUUAUUAUG